UCAACAAGAAGUACUGACACAGAUGUCUUGCUGCAGGUUGAAAUCAUCAGACUUGACCAUGAUUAUGACGGGCAAUCACAUGCUGGAUUGUGCAAGGAAACAGGUGACAUGAGUGAGAAUGUUGAUACAUUUGUAGGCGUGUCUGCUGCUUCUGUUCUAAACAACAUUAAUAAUG